AUUUUGUGGAAAUCCACUCUCUCAAGAGUUUAUUAUAUGUACCGAUUUAUUUACAUUCAAGAGGCAUGGAUUGACCGAUUUCUAAGUGAAUUACACCUUACUCUUUGUAUUGUGCGUCAUUUAGAGUGAAAAAGGCUUCACCAAAAAAGCAAUCAUGUCUAAAGCAUUUCCAAAUGUUCCCAUUCAGUCUACAGCGGGUGCUGUCCCCAUGAAAAAUGAAAAGGGGGAAGUUGUAAUGCAAAAAGUGAAAGUAAACAGAUAUGUUACUGGAAAGAGGCCAGAUUAUGCUCCAGACAGCAGUGGUGGAGAAGAAAGUGACGAAGAAUUUGAGUUUAACAGAAAAAAGCAGCAGCAGCAAGCAAAUGAGGAAGUUGAAGAAGACGAACCCGAGAUAUCGGAGAAUAUUCAGGACCGACGUCUCCGACGAUUACAGACCCGUGACAAGGACUAUGACAGCGAUGAUGAUGAAAGGGUAGCAAGACAUAGAAGAGAAAUUGUUGAACCAGAAAUUAUUCAGGAGAAGUCUGACUCAGAAGAUGAGCGGCGGAGAAAGAGGUUUGGAGAAGAUGAAGAAAGCAGUGAAGAAGAAGAGGAGUUAGAUGAGGAGGAAAUAGAAAGGAGAAGACAACUCCUUCGUCAAAGAAUGCAACAGAGACAGGAAGAGGAGGAAGUUUUAGAAUUAGAGGAGGAAAAGGUGGAGGGAGAAAGUGAGGAGGAGUCCUCAGAAUAUGAGGAGUAUUCCGACUCAGAGGAGGAGACAGGUCCUCGACUCAAACCCGUGUUUGUCAGAAAAAAAGACAGAAUAACCAUCCAAGAGAAGGAGAGAGAAGAAGCAAAGAAAAGAGAAAUGGAGAUGGAGGCUAAGAAGAUCGCAGAGGAGAGAAGAGGACACACACUGAAGAUCAUUAAGGAGGAUGCCCGUAAGGAAGCAGAGGAAGAGAAGACUGUGGAAGACGCCUGUGAUGCUCUGGACUCCGGAGACGAAAAUGAUGAGGAAGAAUACGAGGCCUGGAAAGUCCGAGAGUUAAGGCGAUUAAAGAGAGAUAAAGAAGAACGAGAAAAUAUUGAAAAAGAUAAGAUGGAGAUAGAGCGUGUCAGAAAUAUGACAGAUGCCGAAAGACGACAAGAAUUCUCCCAGAAUCCAAAACUCGUCACAAACAAAGCUCCAAAGGGCAAAUACAAGUUUCUACAGAAGUACUACCACAGAGGAGCCUUUUAUGUGCAAGAUUAUGAAGACCAGGUCUACAAACAGGAUUUUUCUGCCCCUACAUUGGAAGAUCACUUUGAUAAGACAAUUCUACCUAAAGUCAUGCAGGUCAAGAACUUUGGUCGGUCAGGAAGGACAAAGUACACUCACCUUGUGGACCAGGACACGACCCAGUUUGACUCACCCUGGAUAGCGGACACCGCACAGAAUCUGAAAACUCACAUGACAAAGGGAGGAGGGAUGAAACAGGUGUUCCACAGACCCACAACCAAGUCAAAACGAAAGUGAAAGUAAAGAAGUGGGACAGAAAAAUUUCCUAGAGAGAAAAGUGAAGCCAAUGGAAGAACAUGUACUGUGAUGUUUAGUUUGUUUACAAAGAGACUGUACAUAUUAAUGUAAUUUGUAUGAGUUUGAGGAGAUGUCUCCUGUUGUUUCUUGUGAAUAUGAGAAAGAAAAAAAAGGGACAAUUGAAGUCAAUGUAAGAAAAGAAAAUAUUGUUUCAAUACAAAGAUCUGUUUGACCUUAAUAGAAAUUUUGUACACUGGUUCAUAGAGAGUAUUGGUAUGCAAGUUCAACAUCCCAGGUUAAAAAAAAAUCAUCAUUGAACAUUGUAAUUAUCAUCCACAGCAAGUCAUUUUUGUUUACCUGAUGAUAAAUUUUGAUGUUUUAUUUCUUUUAUUUACAUGUAAUUUCUUCAUAUUAAUAAAUAAAAAAUUAAAUUCAUGGCAAAUAUAGCUGAUAUCCCCUCUGGCCAACAUUCAAAUACUGCAUGGACAAAAAUGUUAACAGCGUAUUGGUGGAUUGUGUGACUAGUCUGUGAUACGUUUGUUUAGACUGUUUGAAAGUACAGUGUGGGACAGAUUCCAAACUACACGUCUGCCAGUGUAUAGUCUGGUUUUUAGUAUGAAGUUUUCUCUGAGACUUCUGUCAGUUUGGUUUUUAUCUUCAUCUUUGUAUCAUACAACAUUCCCCGACCUUCCUAAACCAUACCUUCUGUUGACAUUGCCUCGGCUAUCGUGUGCAUGGUGGCUUUUACUGAAAUUAAAAACACACAUACUGAAUGUAAUCUACUUUAUGUUAUAUUAUAUGAAAACGUAUGUAUAAUUCAUAAAACGUUGGAUGAUUUAGAUUGAUAGAAUAUUAGAUCUAAGGACACCAAGUUUUUCAACUAAAGCAUGAUAACAUGAAAAGCUUUUCCUUGAUAAUUUCUUGUAUAGUAAUGUACAUGUCUACAGACAUGCAAGUAAUACACCAAUUUUUGCACAAAUUACCAUUCAGUAUUGAAACUAGAAAAAUACACUUUUAAAAACUA